AUGGCGUACAACGCCGUCGCUCAGAUCGACCACGAGGUGGCUUCGAACUCAUCCGCUUCGGCAUCACGCAGUCCCUCGCCUGCUCAUGGUCAUGCAUUUGAGCAGCUCCCGCUUGACACUGAUCACAUUGGGGGAGGAAGCCACCUAGAAAUCGCGAAAACCACCGACAACCCCAGCUUUGGCCCUUUGGGUUCUAUGAUCCGUUCCAUGACUUCUACCAGCUACGAUGUGGUGGAGGACGAUGACUAUGACGCCGAUCCUUCCCCCGAGCGAUCCAACAGCCUCCGCCGCAUUCCUCCGCUCAAUACGGCUGUAGCGCAGCAUUCCUCCCCCGAACCGCCGCUCCACAGUGCAUGCAGCGACAUUUCCGUGCCUCUCAGCCACCCUACCCCGGAUCUUCAGUCGAUACAGGGUGCCUACAUUGGAAAUGUAGAGCGCUUGGAGCAAAGUGCGGAGCGGCUGAGCUCGAGCUCAGCAGGCAUCGGCAGCGAGAUCCGUCGAAUGGAUCUGGCGCAGAAGAAGCGCUCAUGCAGCUCCGCGUCAAAUUCCCUAAAUCUCCGGAAUGGUGCAUUCUCACCAACGGGCACUAUUUCCUCCGCUCAUGGGUCGAAUGUGUCCCCUGCGCGUCAGCGCUCUAUAUCGGGGUCUCGUCUGGCGCGGCUCUCUGAGCCCGAUGAUGGUGAACCUGCACACGAGGUGGACGAAUUUCCUUCGCUGCCUAGUCUUCCUCCUCCACAACCCCUUUUCUAUCCUCAAAGUGACUAUCACCACGACCAAUAUGCUCCGCAACAAGUCCCCACAGAGCUGGAGCGACGCGCCUCGGUCGCAUCCAACGACACCUACCAACAGGCCCGCACACUGUUCACCGAUUUCGAUGGCGUCCAUUUCACACCAUUGGAUAGGGCCGAGUCUAUGCGCCAGGUCCCCUUAAACCAUCCGCCUUUGGCGAGGAAUCCGGACUCAUACAAACAGCCGCAAGCGGGAGAGAAUAUGGUUUAUUAUCCAGCCCCUGUCCCGCGUAUGCUGAACCUCCCACCCAAAUUAUCGCGCAAGACCAAUACAGCACACGACAAACGGCGUGCGGAGGUUGCUGCCGCCAUCGUCGCUCAGGAUCGAAAGUCGACUGCGGUAGUACCCAGCGCUGACAAGAACAAACCAAAUGACGAGCGACCCGACAAACGUCAAACGAAAGUGCCGCCUCACCUCCGUGCGAGCGUGUUCUUUGAUCAGCCUAGCACAUCCCUGCAAGUAGAGGUCAAGCAGCAGUCCGCUGUCGCGACGCUGGAGAGCAUUCUCGACGCUUCCGCAAAUGCACCAGUGUCAGCUUUUACUGAUCACCCCUACGCCGGUAAUAUUGGCUCAAACGUCUACGCGAAAUCCAAGCGAACCACUCUUUUCAAGGACUUGACUGGGCGGAAAGCAAACCGCCUCUCACGGAACACCAUGGGUCAGCCUCUUAGCACCAACAAUGCGGAUGAGCAGGGUGAUGCAUCUACCACGGGCCAUGGGUCACAGGCUGGACACGAUUCCGACAGAGCCCAUGAUGAACACGACAAAUCGCGAUCAGAGGCGACUGACUCUGAAAGUGGCGAGCAAUCUACGGAGGGCGAGGGCGAAGAAGAGGACGACGAAGAUGAAGAGGAGCUAGACUAUGUUGGCCCACCAAAUACACUUAUCGCUGAACUCGAGUUGCGAAAACAUGAGCUGGCACACCGACGCCGCACCGCGGUCCCGAUGCCUUACCAGGGCAUGCAAACCACUCUGCUCGAAAUGGACGAAAUGGCCCAAAAGCAGAGUGACAAACGGCGGCAGCGUCCCGUCGCGUUAGCCUGGGAAGGCCGCGAUGAAGAUGAAGAUGUUCCCCUGGCUAUGCUGUACCCAGAAAGGCCAAACCCAGACGACGAGGACCGACCGCUUGGCUUGAUGGAGAAGCGGCAACAGGAGGAAAAUGAACCUCUGAGCUCACGUCGAGCUAGGCUGCGGGGUGAACCCAUCCCGCAGCCGGAGAGACGCCCUGCUACGGUGUACGGAGCCGAGAAAGUGUACACCGCUGAACCACCUGAGCCUGCUGCUGAGAGUGGUGAUGAGCUCGAGACUGAAACUCUGGCCGAGCGACUCCAACGACUGAAGGGGCACAACCGCUCGGAAAGCAAGUUUGCCAGCGAUUUAAUGGCCGAAAUUGAUACCCGGGCUGGCAUUGUUGCCAAAGAAACUCCAGCUGAUCCCGAGACCAAUGAGGAGGAGACUCUUGCGCAGCGACGUAGCCGACUCCAAAAGGAGGGCGGUGCCCAACCUGGGCCGAGAAAGGACCCGCGCGUACGCCGGAGCAUGGCUGCUCUUACGCAGGGUCGUCCAGCCCAACUCCACCGGUAUUCAUCCCAUGAUGUUCUAAAUCAGCGACCUGGCAUGUCUCAGUACGGCAAUCGGAUGUCCAUGCAGCAGUUCCCACCAAGCACGGGGUACGGGAUGCCCCAAGCCUACCCGAUGGCUCAGCAAUACGGAUAUCCCAAGUCCCAGACCGGCUAUCCCACCCAACAUACCAUGAGUAUGAAUGGGAUGGGAUAUGCCAUGCCUCAAGGGUGUGGACCAACCGUGAACAUGGCUGGACAGCCAAUUGACCCUGCCCAGGUCUCUGUGAUUGAUCGUUGGAGGCAAAGCAUCCGCUGA